AUGGCGACGAACGAAGCAGCAACAACAACAGCGGCUCCUCCAAACCCCGCGAACAUAAUUACCGCCCUGACUAGUGCCUUUAAAAGUCAAAAUGGCGAGGCAGCAUCGAGCACGCGCAUAGCCCAGCUCCUCGAGCAGAACAUGGGCCAACUUGGCGAGCUUAUGCGGCAGGGCAAGCUCACUGCCGUACAGAUCCAGCAGCUGAAAGAUUACGCUGAAAAACACAAGUCCGCGACCAGUGCUGCUUCGGGAAAUGUGGCUGGCACCUCAACCGCGAAUAGCGGUACGAAGGUAAUGAUGACUCAAUGGACUGGGGCUACUGCAACAACUGCUACCGCUUUUAAAAGCGGGUCACCAGCACCUCUUCUUACAUCUACACCUGGUGACGGGUAUCCCAUUAGCCAAACUCUCAACACCACCAAUCCAGGACCCGUCCAGUGGGCAGCUGCACAGCAAGGAAGACCAACUCUUACAGGUGGAAUGACUAGCGGCAGAGUGUCUGGUACCCCUGCUCAGAUCGCACGAUCCACGGACGAUGCUGGUAUGCUCAGCAUAGAAGACAACCAUCCACGGAGAAAGAAUACCCCGGGAGAUCAGAGCAUGAGACGGUCGAUACAAGACCUCGUCUCAAGUGUUGAUCCCAACGUUCGGAUCGAACCUGACGUGGAGGAUCUACUUCUUCAAAUCGCCGACGAGUUCAUCGACUCGGUCACAAACUUCGGUUGUCGACUAGCAAAACAUCGCGGCGGUGACACGCUCGAAGUCAAAGACCUCCAGCUUCACCUUGAACGCAACCACAAUAUCCGUAUUCCCGGAUUUGCAUCGGAUGAUACGCGAAUAGCCUUAUCUCAGGCUGCUGUAGGACCUUCCGUGCCUGCAGCGGCAACAAAGAAAACAGCUCAGGGCACAUCCAUGACUUUACGCAGUCACCGCUUGGCGCAGGUGCAACAAGCGAAGAGGGAAAACAAGCUCGCAUAG